CCCCGGAAACCAAAGAUCCGAAAGCUCCUCACAAAAUAAAACAACUCGAUCAUCAACAUGAAAUCAUCCACAUCCACACCGAAUCAAGGCACUGACAGCGUCAAGAAGCUAGAAUCUUUGCUGCAGGCCGAAGCCAAGAAAAAGAACUCGCGUCGAAUUCUUUUGGGUGUGCAGUCCAGAGACAAAUCCAAACUCGAUUUUCGCCAAUGCGCUGGAAGCGACACUUCCAUCUCGACCAAAGAUCCAUUCUUUAUCGCCAGUCAAACCAAACUAAUGACGUCCACUGUCAUAUUCCAGCUCGUUGACGAGGGCAAGAUGAGUCUGGACGAUUGCAUGGCUCAGUAUCUGCCUGCAGAAACGAUCGAUAAGAUCCAUGUCUACAAGGGAAAGGACUACAGCGCGGAGAUCAAGAUUCACGAACUACUCCAUCAAACAUCGGGAAUUCCCGAUUACUUUUUGCAAAAGGACAAGACAACAGGGAAAUGUGUGCUGGAUAGUUUCCAUGCCAACGAAGAUCACGAGUGGACUCGAAUGGACUAUCUCAACAGGGCCAAACAAAUCACCCCCGUCUUUGAACCAUCCGCCAAGGGUGGAAAGAGAUCCCUCUAUUCCGAUACCAACUGGCAGCUCUUGGGUGAAAUUAUCGAACGCGUGACGGAAAAGUCCGUUGCAGAAAAUUUCCAAGAGCGCAUCUUUCAACCACUCGGGCUCAGCGCGGAUACCUACGUGUUUGACAUUAAUAAGCUUGCGAAGGAUCGUACGCCACCCAUGAAUUUCUUUUACAAGGAGAAGGAACUCGACAAUGUUGGCAAAAUCAUGUCAUCUUUUCAACCGGAUGGGGCCGUGGUAUCCACAAUGGACGACAUGUUGGUCUUUCUGCGGGCUUACUUUGAUGGUAAGUUGUUUGACAAUAAAAAGCACCAGCAACACGAGCAAAAUCAAACACAGUGGAACACUGUCUUUGUCCCGCCCCUCCAAUACGGCUACGGAUUGAUGCGCUUCAAACUGCCCAAAUGGAUGACACUGUACUGCUUUGAUAUUCCUCCGAUUUAUGGACACAGUGGAGCCAAUGCCUCGUUUUCCUUUUAUUCACCCGACAAGGAAGUAUUCAUGGUUGGAACGUUCAAUCAAAUUGACCAGGAGAGCCGCCCCUUUGAAUUCAUGCUAAAGGUGCUCGGCUGUGUGUAG